CCAGUGGUGUCGGGGGCUCCAACAUUGGCCUGUUUGUUUGAUAGCAGAUAAUCUGAUGUGUUUCGCGCAGUUCGUGUAUUGGUUUUAAUUUUAAUUUGAUAGCCCAGCGCAAGAAAGAACAGAUCUACUUACUGGAUGAUACUAACAUGUUUUACCAACCGCUUCAAGAAUGAAGUAUCAAAUGCAGCUUCCCUACCAAAGACUACCCUGCGAUUCUUCCCGACAUAAAGUGUUGACAAGAGAUACAAAUGUGUAGGUAAUCUAAUUGAAUCAAAAGUUGUAGCAAUGGAUUCGUAUGGACUGGGGGUGUCGUUGUUGGAAUCGAGAGUAUCCCAAGUUCCUGUAGUUAGCUUUCCGACUGAUCAGUCUGUGACGAAGGCUUGCUGUGUCCGAACGACGACCCCUCACACGGCGCACACUCGUGGAGGAGGGCAAACGCGUCGUUCCCUUCUUAUUGCAGUAUUCGCCGCUCUAUUUUUUGGACUCUUUAUCGGUAAUUUGUACCAAGGACCUCUAUUUGAUUCUACAAAGCCUAUGAUUCAUCUUCGAGCACGCGAAUCCGGCAUCGAGAAUAGCUUUCAUAAUUUUCUAUUUCGAGAUGGAACCAGCAGGUUUGAUCCGUCUUCUGGAAAAGAUGUCAUUGUUUUUGUUCAGAUCCAGAAUGCAGGAGCAAACUUUUUUGAAAAACACAUGAUUGAAGACCUUGAUAUUAUGGAGAAGCCUCCGUGUCUCUGUUCUAGAAAGAGCGGCCGGAAACAGAAGUGCCGUUGUCACGCGGACGACAGCUUAAGAAAAGCAGACGAAACUCCAUGGCUUUUUAGCCGUUUAAGUGGGGGUUGGCUUUGUGGGGUUCAUGCUGACUGGACACAGCUCACAGGCUGCGUUGAUCGAGUUCUAGAUGAAGCAGACGGAGAGCCCCGCAGACGGAGGUAUUUGUAUAUCAGCAUUCUCCGUGAACCUGUUCGGCGUUUUCAUAGCGAGUGGCUACGAUUUGUAGAGAAACGGGGUCCGAGGCCUUCACGACUUCUUUGUGGGGGACGCGAGCAUUUACUACCUGAUGUGCGGGAUUGUUUCGAGGGAAAAGACCCUGCAUCGGUAACACUUGAAGAAUUUGCCUCCUGUACAGAUAACCUUGCACUUAACAGGCAGACAAGGAUGCUUGCGGAUCUACGCCUUGUUAAUUGUUACGAUACCUCAAUGAAUCAGACACAACGAGAUAUGAUCCUACUGCACAGUGCGAAGAACAACCUGCAACAAAUGGCGUUUUUUGGUAUUGCCGAAUUUCCAAACGUUUCUCAGCGGAUGUUUGAAGCGGUCUUCGGGGUUCAUUUCCAAUCAAGACCGCACCGUCGUUUUAAUCGUCUCUCCAAUUACCUUAGAAACAGCGCGAGUAGUAGCAACAGCUGGUGGUCAGCCCAAACGGAAACGGCUAUUCGACAAGCGAAUCGUUUAGAUGUAGAAUUGUACGAAUAUGGUAAAGAGUUACUGUUUGAGCGCUUUCAUCAUUUAUUUAAAGAAGGCCCAGGUGAGGAUGAGGAUCUGGAUUGGGCUGAUGGUGACGACCUCUUCAUGGAUAGAUAAUAGUUCACCAAGUCAGAGGAAAAAUGAACAUUUUCACAAACAUUUCACGAAGUCCCAAGUUGAGAAAAGGAUAAUAUUUACAUUAGAUCAUUCAUGUCAACAGAUGGGCUGCACGCAAGGAGAUGUAUGUUCGCACUGCUUGCGUACAUCUAUGUUACUUUUUUAAUACAGAAAAUUUGCUACUUUUUCUGUAGUGGCAUUGAUUCGAUAAUCGAUUUUUCAAUAAAACUGAAACAUUUGGCAUCAUUCAAUUUCUAUAACGGAUGAAGUACCGCAUAGUGCGUAGGGGCAGCUUUGGGAUUACAAGAAUAGGCAGAAUCGCCGCAAGAUUUGUUGGAUUGCAACUAUUAAUUCCGAGGUGCGUUACUUCGGUUCCCUAUAAGCGAAUUAUUUGCAACUCAGCCAUGAUAAGGAGAUAAUCAUCGUAUAUAUUUAGAGUAUAGAAGUGUGGUCUACGGAUAAGUUUAAACAACUUGUUUUUGUACAGUCUAGAAGCGUGCAAUAAUACUGUAUAAUUAGUUGAAGACCAAAGUUUUAUUUAGUUUUAUACUGCUUCAAUAAGAAUGAAUCUGCACGUUGUAGCGUCGAUCCUGUUUUUGAUUUUAAAUUAUUAGCUUAUCCAAAUUCUGAUUUUCUUACUCGUUUUCUUUUUUAAAGAUUCGAUCUUAGAGGAAUUUUUUGGCAGUUCCUCUAUCUGAAAUAAUUUCAUACAUUUUGUACAUAUUCUUAAAAAGCUUGCUUGUAUCUCAAUAUUAAAAAAAAAACUGAAAACAAAAAAAUACUGAAGGCCACCGUAGCUUCAUUAUCUAUUACUGUAUCCUAUCUGAUGAAAUGUCUACAAUUUAAUAAAUCAUGAGUGCAUUCGUCGACAGCCUACACGAUGCCAGAGAAUAACAGCUUUAAUAAAGAUUUCCUUUAAAAUACUUGCUGAUUUUUAAGGUUUAGAUAUGUUGUCUCUAUGCGAAAUUAUUCAGAUCUUUCAUUAUAUUUUUUGUAUAGAUUGUAAGAAAAAAUACGCAAGUCCAUUAAAAAUACAAUUUUGUUUAUAGGAUCUCAUAGUAGGAAGCCAAUCAUAUGAAGGCCAAAAGGCUACGUCAUUUUCCACACACCACAGUUUUCCAUGUCACUACUAACCAGUAACCUAGAAGUCUACGCGAUAAGUCGAUAAAAGAAUUUCUUGUUAUUAUUUGAUUAUACUAGGUAUUUAUGAUGUAAAAUACCGCCAGUUAAGUUUUAGUUUAAGCUUUAAGUGGUUAAUUUGAUGGUAAGUGGUGUAUUUCUUUAUCAUAUUACUUUUUAGUUGUACUUGUUACUAUUUAAUGUGAAAUCAGUGGUUUUGAAAAAAAGUAAUUUUUAGCAUCAAGUGAAGGGUAAUAAUUACAGCUGUCAUGUUACGAUCAUUAUUAUCACAAAGAAAACUGAGCCAAUCCAGGUCACGAUGUUAAAAUGAAUUUUCUUUGAAUUCUGCUACUGUCUGAAAGACCUGUCCUAUAUGUAGCUUUAAUUCUGCAAAAAGUCGUUUCCUUUUGGGCGCACCGUAAACCCCCAGAGAGUUUAAAUAUUAAGUGUAACAUUGCCGUAUUAUACUAAAGUGAUUUGAGAUUGUACCACAUUAAUGCUAAUUUAACUUCAUAGUAAACACUACGCGUUAUGACAUUUCUAUAUGUUAACUAGAUUGGUUAUAAUUACUUAUGUGCUCAUACAUGUUUAUUGUAAAAUUCUAACCUUGAGAUUUGCAAGGAUAUGAAUGGCACUUAUUCUGAUGUAAACAUGAGUAUACAAUGUCUUUCAUGUUCAGCACGUGGCACAAUAUAUAAUAACAUUCGAUCUCGUUACCUCAUAUAUAUCCUGACAGUUUAAGUCGUUUGUCAGAAGAAGCUAUGACUAGAAGCAUUUGGAAA